AUGGAGAGCCUGGUGUCUGAGGGUCUGCCCUGCUAUCCUCACCAGGAUGAAGCCUCUACCUGCUGCCAGCUCUCCGUGAGGAUCCUGGAAGCUAGGAAUUUGUUCCAGGCUGACCUAUUAAGUCAUACUGACCCAUAUGUGGUCUUACAGCUGCCAACAGCAUCAAGUACCAAAUUUAAGACCCAAACUGUCUCCAAUUCGAAUCACCCCAUUUGGGAUGAGACCUUCAACUUCCGGAUCCAGAGGCAGGUCAAGAAUAUCCUGGAGCUGAAAAUCUAUGAUGCAGACUUAGUCACAGAAGAUGAUGUCCUUUUUACUGUCUUUUUUGAUACCAUUGAAAUCAACCCUGGCAAACCCUUCCGAAAGAUUUUCUCUCUGAACCCUAAGGGACAGGAGGAGCUGGAGGUAGAGUUCCUGCUGGAGGAAAUAUCGGAUUCUUCAGAAAACCUCAUCACCAACAAAGUCCUUGUGGCUCGGGAGCUAUCCUGCCUCACUGUGCAGGUGGACAAGACGGGGAGCACCGCCAUGGUCACAGAGAAAGAUGACCUGGAGCUGACACUGAAGGGAUCCUAUGAGGACACUCAGACUUGCACACUGGGUUCUGGCAUGGCCGACUCCUUCCUUUUUCAUUACAUAACAGCCCAAGAAUCAGAGAUGAAGGGAUGCCUCAAGGUAGGUCCUAGCAAUGGGGGGGGUGAGGCCACCCCUACUGAGAACCUCACUGUGCCCUUGAAGUCCCUGCCUGUAGGGAAGGAGGUGGCUGUCGAUGUUCCUGCCCCAGAUGCUACAGCACUGAAGUUGAAGCUCAGGGCUGAUCCUUGUUCUGAGGAGCUGGCUGUGCGCCUGGGCUUUGGGCUGUGCGAGGAGGAGCAGGCGUUCCUGAAGAAGAGGAAGCAGGUGGUGGCCAAAGCCUUGACACGGGUUCUGCAGCUGGAGAAUGAGCUGCAGGAGGAUGAGGUUCCAGUCAUUGGAGUCAUGGCCAUUGGGGGAGGGGCUCGAGCGAUGACAUCUCUAUAUGGCCAUCUCUCUGCCCUCAAGAAACUAGACCUCCUGGACUGUGUGACCUACAUAAGUGGUACUUCAGGAUCUACCUGGACUUUGGCUAGCUUGUACCAGGAUCCCGAAUGGUCACAGCAAGACCUGAAGAAGUCCAUCAGCCAUGCCCGAGAGCACAUGACCAAAAGCAAGUUGGGUGCCUUCUCUCUAGGCCACAUGAAGGGGUACUAUCAAGAGCUGGGACGGCGGGCUGAGGAGGGGCGCCCCCCAUCCUUUGUUGAUCUAUGGGCUCUAGUCCUGGAGUUCCUGUUGUACGGCAAGGCAACUGAGCACAAGCUGUCAGAGCAGAGGGCCUCCUUGGAGCAGGGUCAGAAUCCUUUGCCACUGUACCUUGGUCUGAACGUCAAAGAGAACAAUCUGGGGACGCUGGACUUCAAGGAAUGGGUGGAAUUCUCUCCCUAUGAGAUCGGCUUCCUGAAGUACGGGGCCUUCAUCCCCUCCGAGCUCUUCGGUUCCGAGUUCUUCAUGGGACGGUUGAUGAAGAAGCUUCCGGAGUCGAGGAUCUGCUUCCUAGAAGGUCUAUGGAGUAACAUCUUCUCUGUGAAUCUGAUGGAUGCCUGGUAUGAUCUGACCAGCUCAGAAGAGUCUUGGAAACAGCAUAUCCGGGACAAGACCAAAAACAUUGAAAAGGAGCCCCUUGGCUCCCGUGGGACCUCCUGGAUCGAGUUGUCAUGGCUACAGCCCAGAACGGCCUUCAACAAAGCUCUCCAGGGCCUCUUAACGGGGCGACCCCUUCAUCACCAAUGUCAUAAUUUUCUGAGAGGCCUUCAUCUGCACCAGGACUACUGUGGCCAGAGGAAUUUCUGCACCUGGGGUGACUGCCAUCUGGAUUCUGUCCCCAGCCAGCUGACCCCUCUGGAACCCCAGCUCUGCUUGGUAGAUGCCGCCUAUUUCAUCAACACAAGUUGUCCACUCUUGUUGCGGGCAGGCCGGAGGCCGGACCUCAUCCUCUCUUUUGGCUAUUCCCUCAACUCCCCCUUUGAGACUCUGGAGCAGAUGGAGAUUUACUGUCGAGGGCAGGGCAUCCCUUUCCCCAGAUUGGAGCUGAGCCAGGAGAAUCGCCAGCAGCCCAAGGAGUGCCAUAUCUUCUCUGACCCUGACUGCCCUGAAGCCCCAACUGUGCUGCAUUUCCCUCUGGUCAACCUUUCCUUCAGAGAACACUCAGCCCCUGGUGUCAAGCGGAGUCCUGAAGAACUUGCAGCAGGCCAAAUAGACCUCACAGGCUUCCUGUCUCCAUAUUCCUUGUUCAACAUGACAUACAGUGAGGAUGACUUCGAUCGACUGGUUUGCCUUAAUGCCUACAAUGUUGAGAACAACCACAGCGAGAUCCUGAGGGCUCUGAGGUCUGCUGUGAAGCAUCGAAAACAGGGAAAACAGUGCCAACCCUGA